UGUCGGGUCCGUCUUUCCCCAGCCGUGUCCCCUUUUCUCAGCUCGGCGCAGACGCCAUGUUGCCUUGAAAGGAAGAUGACAAGAGGCGGCUGCGGGAGUAGUGGCGACGGCGGCGGCGGCGGCGACGGCGGCGGGGGGCGGCGAGAAAGAGCACCGGGCAGCUGCUCGCCUUGAGGAGAAGCUCUUUCGCUCUCUCCCCUGCCUCGCUUCUUUUUUCCUCCCCGCUCGGGCUUUCCGGGGAGUCGAGGAAAGGGCGAGCAGCCCCGCCGCGUCAGCUGUGGGGGGUUUCCGUUGACCGCUCGCGGCUGCUGCGGGAGCCCCUGAAGUAGGGAGAGGAAGAGGCGGAGAGGGGACUGGCAAAAAGGAGCAGGCGGCGAUGAGAGCAGAGACCUGAGCAAGACGAGGCGGACGGAGGGGGCGGCGAGCGCCACCGCUGCUGCUGCUGCUGCUAGAGACGACUGCAGUUUAAAUCCCCCCUUGAGCUGCUGCUGCUGCAGUUUGAGGGGGGAGGGUGUUUUUUCCCUUCCCUUCCUCUUUUCCUGCUCGCGUCCAGCUACUGGGAGUGCGUUUUAAGGCUAAAUGUUAUAAAACAUAAGAAGGACUGUAAGAGGACAAGAAGACCCCACCGCCGCCUCUCCUGUCUCCUCACCCCCACUGUACUUAGCGAAUUGAUAGGGAUACGAAAUACAGAACAACCCCCUCCCCAAACAACUUCGGCCCCAGAGGAAGAAGGAGGUCGCCUUACUUUUCUGCUUGAGUGCCUGUGGCUUUUUUUUAAUGAGGUGACUCGGACACAGAACUAUCCUCUGAAUCAUCUUCAUCAUUCAUUAUUGGUUUAGGCUGGAGAGGAAGACCGAAAGGAGAAGAGAAAAAAAGCUCGUACACAACCCAUGUCCUUGUAUAUUUCUACCUGGCACCAUUGGUGUUGGUUCUGCUGCUGACAAAGAUCUGCUGCCAUCUCUGGUUUCUCUGGCGUUUCCCCUCUGAUCAAGCUUUUUUAAACUCUAGUUCCUCUUGGAUUUUUUCCUCCCCAAGCUCACAAUUUCCUUGCUGCAGGUCAAACUUUUGUUGGAGAAAAACAAAGCUCAGAACUCAGCAAGACACAUACCAAAGAUUGGUUAGCUGGAAGAUCUUUCACUGGUUUUGUGCUGUAUGCUCUUGGCCGGCUUUUAAAUUUUCUUGUUCCGUGUUUCUGAAACCAUCAGGGUAAUAUCAAGAUGUCCAGCAGUGUUCCAUCUGAUAUGAUAAAUUUGCGCCUCAUCUUGGUAAGUGGAAAAACAAAGGAGUUUUUGUUCUCGCCAAAUGAUUCGGCAGCAGACAUUGCAAAACAUGUAUAUGAUAACUGGCCAAUGGACUGGGAAGAAGAGCAAGUAAGCAGUCCAAAUAUUCUCAGACUUAUUUAUCAAGGACGGUUUCUUCAUGGCAAUGUGACGCUAGGAGCAUUAAAACUCCCAUUUGGCAAGACAACAGUGAUGCAUUUGGUUGCUAGGGAGACACUGCCAGAGCCAAACUCUCAAGGUCAGAGAAAUCGGGAAAAAACUGGAGAGAGCAAUUGCUGUGUGAUCCUGUAAAAGCUCUGCUGUAUCUGCUAUUUGUGAUGUAGAAUAGUUUUCGUCUUUCAUGCCGCUGGACUAGAGGAGACCAACAUCGUUUCGAACACCCUUAGGAAGAGCCUAUCUGUGAAUCCAUUGAACUGAAAUAUUACAUGAACACUGUCACUUUUUUUUUCCUUGAACAACGAACACUUUUUUAUUUCUACUUUUUAGGUUGUUGAACAAGCUUAUUAAUACAUCUCUAGUACAUUCUGUCUCCAAGAAAAGGUUAACUAUUCUCUUUAGCAGGAAUUAUUUUUCUGCCAUAAAAUCAUCCUUAACCUGAACAUUAACCAAUCAAGAUUUCUAGAUGCAAUUUGCACUAAAUAUGGUUGACAAUAUAUAGACCUCAUCAACAAAAACUCAAGUAUUUCAAACACAGAGAAAUGAAUCAGCACUGGAAAAUAUUAUCGGCAGUCUUUUUUCUUAAAUAAUGGCCAACCUGAAAGAGGGGGGAAAAAAUAAGUAAAUUCUACCUAAGUCAGCCUUGGUGGCCAAACUGGCACAAAAUACUAACUAAAAUUGUCUGUCUGUAGACAUAUAUAUUUUCACUGCAACAAACUACGUGCCUGUAAUUUUAAAGCACUCUGCAGAGGGCUGUUGAAACUGAUUUUUGUCAUUGACGUGCACUCUUCUCUCAUACAUUAGUUGAGUGCUCGUUCAGACAGCACAAAUAAGUGCAGAGAGUGCAUUUCCUAGCCUUAAUAUGGGAGGGGUAAUUUCCUGUAGUUCAUAGGCUUUUAUUAAUGUGCAUAAAUAUUAGAAGACCUCAUUUACUAAUCAAUUUUAUGUCUUUGAAUAUCAACAAUUGAUGUUUUUCAGUCAUUCUUAUCCAUCUGUACUUUAGUGUCAGUGUCAUGCAUACCCAUUAGUGACUUCAAAGAAAUAAUUACAAAAGUAAGGAGAAAAAUGUAGAAAACCUCUGCCAUAUGAUGAGUUUUUAUUUGUUUUAUGUUAUCUGCAUUCGUUAUUAGUGCUUGCAAUCGUAUUGGAAAUCAAAAGCUGGUUUUUAAAAGCAUACAUAGUUACAUAUAAUGCCAUUCUUUUACUUCAUAUAAUUUAAAAUUUGAUAUGCUAAAAAAAUUUGCACAGCACUAAAGCAUGAGUUAGUUUCAUCUAAAUCUGUAAAAAAAAAGAUAUAAAAGAUUUUAUAUUUUUUCCACUAGGGAGAAAUCCUUCCUAGUUGAAACUACAAAUGUGUAGAAUAUAUUUAAUAAAAAUCUUAUAAAAACAUGACUAUAGAACUUAAAUAUAGAUUGGCGUGUAGAAUAAUAUCACAAUAAUCCAUAUAAAUAGCUCUAGGCUUUAAAAAUGCAGGUUGACAUUGUGUUCUGUACUUGAGUCCAUGGCCCUUACAAAUGUUCUGUGUUUUUUGAAUGAUCAACUUCAUUUAAAUGUAAUCAGGUUAUUUUAUUCAAUGUUAUUGCUUUGACAAAAUGCUUUAUAUGCAGUAGGUCUACAAAGAUAUUGUUCAUAAUGAUCAAAAAUAAAUUUGUAUAGAGCAGAGUUUUAAAACAAAAUUGUAAAUAGCACUAAACAUUUUCUUUCUGCAACCUGUACUGAUAGUUUCUUCUGUAAACUAAAUAAAAGAAGAAUAUUGUAGUGCAA